AUGGUUAGUAUAGACCUAAAUGGUGAACCAGAGGCCGAAGAUGGUACUGUUGUGAAUUUUACUACGUCGCAACCCCCUAAAGAAGGAAUGCGUUUUGAUUCCGGUUUUGAAUUUAGUGAAUUUUGUCACCGUUAUGCUUAUAAUGAAGGUUUUGAGAUGUUUGUGAGUAGUGAUGAGUUAAAGAAAGAGUAUAAGGAUAAGGGUGUUAGUAAAAGAAGGAGCAUUGAUGGAGCUACCUUUGAUAGGAUAAUGAUCAAUGAUAAGGGGGGUGUGAGCGUGAGUAGAAACUUUGGUACUCAGCUUAUUGAAAAAGGUGGUUUUGAUAAUAUGACGUUCAACAAAAGGGAUGUUAGGAACGCCAUAGCUGUUGAACGUCGUAAAACAAUGUUCGAGGAAGGAGAUGCUGCCAGUCUUGAAAAGUAUUUCAAAUCACAACGAGAAUUGAAUAGCGAUUUUUAUAGCUCUAUGCAACGAGAUGAAGAAGGAAUUUUAAGAACGCAUUCUGGCCCGACGCGCGUAGCAGAGGAACUUGCAAAUACUUCGGGGAUGUAUCGCAUGCCAUUUGCCCCAUUUGUUGGCGUCAACCACCAUGGGAAGUCGAUUGUAUUCGCUGCCGCUUUAAUCUCACAUGAAGAUACUGAAACUUUUGUUUGGGUUUUUGAGGAAUGGUUGAAGUGCUUGGGAAAGCCUCUGAAGGGCAUUUUAACCGAUCAAGACAAGGCAAUCGGUAAGGCAAUAAGCAAAGUUUUCCCAGGUGUUCCACACCGGCUUUGUUUGUGGCACAUGCUACAGAAUGCCUCUCGGAACCUUGGCAAGCUUGCUGAAUGGAAAAGCAUUGAUACACUUAUUAGAACGGUCGUUCAUGAUAUGCUCGAUCCCGCGGAGUUUGACGAGGCAUGGUGUCUUGUGAUGGACACAUAUAAUCAACAGGAAGAAAAGGAGGAUAAUUUUGAUUGUAUAGAUAAGCCUCCACAACUUGAUGUUGACAAGAGUGUGUUAGCUGAGUACGUUUUCCAUAAGGUGUACACCAACGAGAUGUUUGCUGAUAUUGUGUGUGAGCGUAAAGGUUUAACCCACACAAAUGUUACCAAAAUUGAUGCAAUAGGAUCACUUUUGUUGUAUAGAGCUGACGAGAAACUGACCUCCCCUCAUUGGAGGAAACGGUUCAAAAGCUACAGUGUUAAAGUUGAUAAGGUUAAAGAGAGAGAUAAGUUGUUCAUGUCAGUUGUUUGA